AUAAAUAGGUCUGUCAAAGACGUUCUUCUACCACCACACCAUUUAGUCACCCUUCCAUUUCCUUAAAGCACACAAAUUCCAAAAACAGAGCACAUACAUUAGGAAGCACCGGAGAAAUAGAUACGUAGUACUAGGAAUCUAGGAUGUCCUCUUCCUUCUCACCGGAAUCUUCAUGGUCGGACUCCCAACCCCAAAACUCCGAGGUUUCUCUCCCUUUCAACCUUAACGACUCCGAAGAAAUGUUACUUUUCGGAGUCCUAGCAGAGCAGGCUUCAGCUGAUCAAGAAAACUUUGGGGCCGGUUCUCCGGGAAUUCCGACGGAGGCGCCGGAGCGGUCGUACCGCGGGGUUCGGCGGCGGCCGUGGGGGAAGUUCGCGGCGGAGAUAAGGGACUCAACCCAGAACGGGAUACGGGUCUGGCUGGGAACGUUCGACAGCGCAGAGGAGGCUGCUCUGGCGUAUGACCAGGCGGCUUUCGCAAUGCGUGGACCGGCGACGACGUUGAACUUUCCGGUGGAGAGAGUCCGGGAAUCUCUGGCGGAGUUGAGGUGUCAGAUGGAGGAGGGGGGCUCUCCUGUGGUGGCGCUCAAGAGGAAACACUCCAUGAGGAAGAGGAGGAAGGGCAGUAAAGCAGGGGAAGUCAAGGCUGAGAAUCUGGUGGUCUUUGAAGAUUUGGGGGCUGAUUAUUUGGAGCAACUUUUAGUUACAUCAUCUGAGAUUGUACCAUCUAAUCCAUGGUGAAUAUUAG